AUGUUCUAUAAUCUAAGCUAUUUGGGAACGCGAAAAUCCCUUCAUCGAAGUUGUGUUAAAUGGGUGUUUCAUGUGUAUGGUCAUCAGUGGGCUUGCCAGCUUAUUUACCAUCCAAGAAAGUGUACUGGUUUUGGAUUAACUGACGGGGAAGGGUGUGAAAGAUUCUGGAGCUCAAUUAAGCUUUUGAUUCCAUCACUGCGUGUUAGUGGCUACUACACACAUAUCUAUACAAUUGACACUCAAGUGAAACAUCUGGACCGCAAAUCUCUUAUGGGUCUGGGGGACUGGCUCAGGAGAAAAUGGAAUGCUGCUAUUCUUCAAAGAAAUGAGGCUACAGCUGUUUUGGCUGAACUUCAGCAGAAAAAUAUCACUGAAGAUCUCUUGAGAGAAAAUUGGGCUGCUCAGAUGGCUCACCAGACAAAACCAAGUCCCAGGCAAGCAAAAAACUUGGCAGACAAGGUUAUUCAAGAAAUUUUGGAGCUAAAGGAUUCUAUGACAGAGCUCAAAGCAGAGCUAUAUAAGUUUGAGACAAUGAUUCACAAGGGGAAAUAUGAUGAUGGCUGGGAGGUUUCAGAAGUUAGACUGCAUCCGGAAGAUCUUAAGGAAAAAUUUGAGAAGACUGAGAGGUCAUUGAAGUCUAAAAGUGACACAUUGGGAGCUGAUAGCCAUUUAAAUCUUGAACGUUUGCUGGGCAAUAAGUUCCUUCGACUCCGGGUCAAUGCUUUAGCUGUGAAACAGCACUUGAGAAAUUGUCUGCAACAGCGCAAAUUUGAACUAGAUAGUUUAGAGCGAGCAUACCGUAAGACAACAACCAAUACCAAAAAAUUACAGGAACAUUCAGAAUCUCAGAUAAAGCGCAAAGAACCAGGAAUUCAAAACUUGGCAAAGAAAUACAAUGAUAUCUGUGCAGAGCUAGAAAAGAUGAUUAAAAGAAAAGAAAGUCCUCAUGGUGCAUGUGCACCACACAGAAUAGCCACUGAUGGCCUUUUCAAACUAUAUGUUGAUGAUGACAUCUGGCAGGAUGUUGGUUUAGAUGACAUGGAUCUCUCUUCUGGCAGAGAAAUCCCACAAUGGCUGGGCGAUGAAGGUGUGCGGAAAGGAAUCAAAUCAUUGUUGGAGCUGGAUCGAUGCCAGGAAGAGCUGUGA